AUGCAGGCCUACAGCUUCCUGGCCUACAGUCUCAUCCCGAACUUGCAGGUCUUCAGCCGUCAGUUGGAAGCCCCGGUGGGGCGCGGCUAUUUCCAGGCGAACUCAUCGCAGAUGCAUCCAACUUCUUCGGCCCGGGUGGCUCUGCUCAUAGUGAGCCUGGGAGACUGGGCUAAGACUGGAUUUCUGACCCUCUGGAGUGUUCUCCAACAUCGGACAGCCAGUCUGCGCGUGGUGGUGCUUGGGGACGAACCGGGGUUGCGUGCAUGGCAACUUGCGGUCCAGGAACUCAAAGACCAAUUUCAGAAGUUUGAGGGUGUGACUUUUGAGUACAUCAACUUCAACGACCAUCCGCAGUUCUCCAUGUACCUCGAGAAGUACCCCACGCAGACUUGUAGCUUCGGUGCUGCCGGGAAGGCCAUCCUUGCGCGGGUAGUAUGCCAUCUCCUGCUACCACCGGACGUGGACAAGAUCAUUUCGAUAGAUGUGGGUGACAUCAUCCUGCUUGACGACAUUGCAAGCCUUUGGAAGGAGUUCGACAACAUGCAGGAACACCAUGUGUUGGCAGCACCCCACGCAGUUCAAUUGCACCAUGUGAAUGCUGGCGUGGUGCUCUACUACGUGGCGAGGAUGCGCCAGCGUAACUUCGCCGAAGAGACCUUGCGGGCUGUGAACGACAUGCAACGCCGUGCUCCCGACCCGACUUGCCUCCGGGACCAGUCCAUCAUCAAUGUGCUUCAUGGCCAUCGGGAAGACUUUGGCUACGCUGGGCCCAGCCCGGUGAUGAUCCUUCCCUGCCGCUGGUCGGUCUUUCCGACCACCGAGUGGCUCUCCUAUUGGAACAGCCCUGAGAAGUGGCUAGACGAGCUUCGCGACAAGCGCCGCUAUCCUGGGAUCAUCUCCAUACACCAUGUUGAGGUUUUCUGCCCCGACGACAUGGAUCUCCUGUCGGCUUGGGCUUUCUUGCCGCUGAAGUCCACGGAGGACGAAUCCAAGCAAACACGAAUGCGUCUCUAUGCACACUACCACGGUACGAAGCAGGAGCGAUACUGCUCGAAUGAGCGGACUCAACGCUGCUGCCGCUGUGGGGAGCGCGCCUCCUUGCUGCACAUCCCAGGGGACAUGAAGAAUUGGCAGGCCAUGCGCGCACUUCUGCAAGCAUAUAUGCCACCGUGGAAGGAGGCCCCCGACGACCCCUUGCUCAAUCCGUCCUCGAAGGUAUGGUCUGGUGGUGAGACUCGCAUCCAGCAAAUAAUUUCAGACACCGGCCAACAAGCUCUUCUGGUUGCGAAAGCCAUGGGACUGGAAGCGGUCUUCGAGUCAUGUGCUACGCUGAACUCACAGGGCUCCGAGGAUGGCUACCUGGAGUAUGCAGCUGUGCAGCUGCGCAAGCUCGAGCUUCCGGUGCGGAUUGAUGUGGAGACCACGGCCACGGGUGAUGCCUUCGUGCUCCUUGGGGUGGGUUCUCACUCCGGUGUCGAGCUUGCCAUCAACGAAGGACGCAGCUCUGGAUGCUGCUUGCGAUGGGUGCGCAGCGCCGCCGCAUCUGAAGAUGGCCCCGCGUGGACACAGAGGCAAGAUAUCUACUGCACACCUUAUCGACUACUUGGCCGAAAUGAGGGCAGCGAAUCCUGGGCGAGCUUUUCAAUGGCGCUCGACCUCGACGGCUUGAUCAACAUCACUUUCGCCGGAGGAGAUAUGGAGUUUGGCAUGUUCUUGCCGUCCCCAUUUAUGCACAUCCUUUUUCAGCACAACCUGACAGUCAGUGUUGCUGGCUACCAUACUCCAGCCCGGUGGUUGGUGUGCGCAGAGCCCUGA